AUGGGCCUCUUUCAGCCCAGGGUCGACCCUCUGCCUCCUGGCAUUGACCUCUCCUCCAAAACCGCCAUCGUCACGGGCGCAACAUCAGGCAUUGGCCUCGAACUUUCAAGGCAAUUGCUGGUGUUGAAGAUAUCAACUCUCGUGCUCGCAGUGCGAAAUGUCUCCAAGGGGGAGGAAGUCCGAAAAGGACUCUUGUCUGACCAGGCUGUCAAGGCGGCUAGCCCACAGGCCGUGGUCAAGGUCAUGAAGCUCGACGCCGAGGACUACGCCAGCGUCCAGGCCUUUGUUGAAGCUUUUAAGCGGGAGCAUAACCAGCUUCAUGUUCUAAUGCUCAACGCUGGAAUCGGCACCUUUGGUCGCGAGUUUGCGCCUACAGGUCAUGAGAAGAACAACCAGGUCAACUACCUGUCCAAUGUCCUCCUCCAGCUCAGUCUCCUCCCUCUGCUUGAGGCUACCGCUGAAAAAGAGGGAUCGCCGACACGAGUCACAUGGACAGGAAGCCGUAUGCACAGGCUCACAACCCUGGCUAGCAAGGCCCCUUUGAAGCCCGGAGAAGGUGUCCUAGAGCAUUUUGACAAGGGGAAUGCUCCCGCUCUGGCAGGCUACCCGGACAGCAAGGCCCUCGUCGCCCUCUUCCAGCUCGAGUUGGCACGGCGUUACAGCCCCGAAAAGGUCAUCGUCAAUAGUUUCUGUCCGGGAAUGGUAUCGACGAAUCUGUCGGGUGCAGCGCCGGUGUACGUGCGCAUCCCCGUUGACAUGAUCAAGGCCCUUCGGGGGCGGUCGGCGGAGCAGGGGGCGUGGAUAGGGCUGCAUGCGGCACUUGUCGCGGGAAAGGAGACGCAUGGGAAGCCAUUGGAUGAUAAGGAGAUUGUUGACCUUGGCGCAUUUUUGAAGUCGGAAGAGGGCGAGAGGGUGAGGAGGUUGCUUUGGGAUGAGACGGUGGAGGAGAUGAGAGGGUUAAUGGAUGUGCCGUCGUGGAUGGAAGUUAAGUCAUGA